GUUGAACCACUUGUCAAAUUCAGACUCAAAGUCCAAAUUUAUCUGAGCUCUCGUUUGGUCUUAUUAGGCUGAGCAUGCCGAUGUGUCUUAAAGUUCUCUAUUGACACACAUGUAGCCUUCUCCACGCAACCAUCACAAGCACACAUGCAGUUACAGAGAAGAACCGGUUUCGAUAUACCGGACAGGACUUGAAAGCGGUGGGGGUAACCGCGUAAGAGGCAAAGCCCAUAAAUAUAUCAAGAGUCUUUGUGUUACAGAAGCAAAGAGAAGAGAUGUAUGUGAUUGAGAGCAAAGUAGCAGCUAUAGGAUGUAUGAUACUCUCGUUAUGUUGCUUGGGAAGCUGGCCAGCGGUUUUGACUCUCUUGGAGAGAAGAGGUCGUCUUCCUCAACAUACUUUUCUUGAUUUCACAACCGCUAAUCUCUUGGCCGCUAUCGUGAUCGCAUUUACACUCGGUGAGGUUGGGAAAAGCACGUUUCAAACACCUGACUUCACCACUCAGCUCUCUCAAGAUAAUUGGCCGUCGGUGUUGCUUGCGGUGGUUGGCGGUGUGCUUUUAAGCGUUGGGAAUUUAGCGACUCAAUACGCUUUAGCGUUUGUCGGUUUACCGGUCACCGAAGUUAUAACCGCAAGCAUCACCGUUGUCAUUGGGACGACGUUGAACUAUUUCUUGGACGACAAGAUAAACAAAGCAGAGGUUCUUUUCCCAGGAGUAGGUUGCUUUCUGAUCGCUGUCUUCCUUGGCGCUGCGGUCCACUAUUCUAACGCAGCUGAUGUCAAAGCCAAACUCGAGUCUUUACCUGGCGAGUAUAAAGCUGGGACACAAGAUUUCUAUUCUUCCAUUAAAAAAGGUGAAGACAACCCCGAGAAAGGUUUGUCCUUACCCUUAACAGAGGAACCCGAUCUCGAGUCUCAUGAGAAACCAGUAGAAAAGGCGAAAGCAGGGACCGCAGGAUUCUUUGUGGAGCUAGAGAACAAAAGAGCAAUCAAGGUCUUUGGAAAGAGCACAAUGAUCGGACUCUUCUUAACCCUCUUCGCUGGGACCUGCCUCUCUCUGUUCUCUCCUGCAUUCAACUUGGCAACAAACGAUCAGUGGAGCACAUUGCCGAGAGGCGUACCUAAGCUAGUUGUCUACACUGCCUUCUUCUACUUCUCCAUCGCGGGUUUUCUCAUCGCGUUGAUUCUAAACCUCAUCUUUCUUUACCGGCCUAUGGCAGGCUUAGCGAGAUCAUCGCUUAAGAAAUAUGUGAAAGACUCUAAAGGUAGGAGUUGGGCUGUCUUUGCUGGCUUCUUGUGUGGGUUUGGUAAUGGUUUGCAGUUCAUGGGAGGUCAAGCUGCUGGAUACGCGGCCGCAGACUCUGUCCAAGCACUUCCUCUUGUGAGCACGUUUUGGGGUAUAAUUUUGUUUGGAGAGUAUCGGCGAUCGUCGAGGAGAACCUAUGUGCUUCUUGUAAGCAUGUUGGUCAUGUUUGUGGCGGCCGUGGCAAUUCUCAUGGCGUCUUCUGGUCGCCGUGGUCACCGAAAAUGAUGACAAUAUUUUCUUAUAUAGUUUUAGUAUACGUUCGAGUGCUUGUUAUGAAUAUCAAUAAUCGAACGUUAUUGUUUUUAUUUUUAUUUUCUAAUCAAGUUGGAAAAUACAAUAUAGUUUCUCAUUCUA